GGCAAGGGGGAGUGACUUGUGCCUCCCCCCGCCUCCUCCCCGUCCAGCCCUCCUCUGGGUAGAAGGGGAGGAGGAGGAGGGCGAGCGGUGGGAGGGUCUCCAUUGAAAUAAACAAGCAGGCAGUUAUUAAAACGGGAACAUGGCGGCCGCAGCCCCAGCUUCAGCUUCAUCUUACAAAGCGAAGGUCAGCGCCGGCGGCAGCGGCGGGAGACGGCACUGACCCCGCAUGCUUGAGAUCUGAGUAGUGAGGCCCCCUGCACACACAGCCCCUAGAAAUUGCUGUCUGCAUCGCUGAGUCUUGGGCCCUGUGCACAGGAUGGACUUGUUCUGGGAAUGAAUCUGGUUGAUGCGUUGGAGAAGGCUGUUCUCUGUAGUACCCCUGCCUCACUUCCAGCAGAAGUCAGGACACACGUGGUGGACGAGGCAGGGGAUUGCAAGAGGCAGGAGCCAUUCUGGUGGUCUGCGCAGCUGCAUGCUGCCCUGGAGAGCGGGACUCUCUUCCCGGCUGUGCUGCAGACUUCCUAGGUGAUGCUAGUUGCUGAUAUGUGUUCAAGAUGAGUGGGAUGGGAGAAAAUACCUCUGACCCAUCCAGACCAGAGUCAAGAAAGCGCAAGGAUCCCGAUCAGCUUGGACCCAGCCCUAAAAGAAGCACUGAGAAACGCAAUCGUGAGCAAGAGAAUAAAUAUAUAGAAGAACUUGCAGAGCUGAUUUUUGCAAAUUUUAAUGAUAUUGACAACUUUCACUUUAAACCUGACAAAUGUGCAAUCUUGAAAGAAACUGUGAAGCAAAUUCGUCAAAUAAAAGAACAAGAAAAAGCAGCAGCAGCUAAUGAAGAUGAAGUGCAAAAAGCAGAUGUAUCAUCUACGGGUCAGAGUGUCAUCGACAAGGAUGCACUUGGACCAAUGAUGCUUGAGGCCCUAGAUGGGUUCUUCUUCGUAGUGAACCCAGAAGGUAAUGUCGUGUUUGUUUCUGAGAAUGUGACACAGUACCUGAGGUACAACCAAGAAGAGCUGAUGAACACAAGCAUAUAUAGCAUCCUGCAUGUAGGGGACCACAAUGAAUUUGUCAAAAUCCUGCUGCCAAAAUCUUUAGUGAACGGGGGAUCUUGGUCUGGUGACACUCCUAGGCGUAAUAGCCAUACCUUUACUUGUCGGAUGCUGGUAAAACCUCUUGCUGAUUCUGAAGAAGGCCAUGAUAACCAGGAAGCACAUCAGAAAUAUGAAACUAUGCAGUGCUUUGCUGUUUCUCAACCAAAUUCCUUCAAGGAGGACGGUGAAGAUUUGCAGUCUUGCUUGAUUUGUGUUGCAAGAAGAGCACCAAUGAAGGAAAGACCGCUUCUUCAUUCAUCAGAGAGCUUUACUACACGCCAGGAUCUACAAGGCAAAAUAACUUCACUGGACACAAGUACCAUGCGAGCAGCCAUGAAACCUGGCUGGGAGGAUUUGGUGAGAAGAUGCAUUCAGAGGUUCCAUUUACAGCACGAGGGAGAAAUAUCUUUUGCCAAGAGGCAUCACCAGGAAGUGCUGAGGCAGGGACUAGCUUUUAGUCCUGUUUAUCGGUUUUCCUUGUCGGAUGGCACCAUCGCUUCUGCCCAAACGAAGAGCAAGCUCAUCCGUUCUCAGACGACUAAUGAACCUCAGCUUGUAGUCUCCUUUCAUAUGCUUCACAGAGAGCAGAAUGUCUGUGGAAUGAAUCAGGAUUUGACUGGACAAGGAAUGGGGAAGAUAUUGAACCCAGUUAGUUCCAGCAGCCCUGCCCAUCAGGCCAUGUGCAGUGGGAACCCAGGUCAGGAUAUGACCAUCAGUAGCAAUAUAAAUUUUGCCAUAAAUGGCCCAAAGGAACAAAUGGGCAUGCCAGCAGGCAGGUUUGGUGGUUCAGGGGGAAUGAACCAUGUGUCAAGCAUACAAGCAUCCACUCCUCAGGGUAGUAACUAUGCACUAAAAAUGAAUAGCCCCUCACAAAGCAGCCCUGGCAUGAACCCAGGGCAGCCAAACUCUAUGCUUUCCCCAAGGCAUCGUGUGAGCCCUGGAGUGGCAGGAAGUCCUCGCAUCCCACCCAGUCAGUUCUCCCCUGCAGGAAGCUUACAUUCACCUGUGGGAGUCUGCAGCAGCACAGGAAAUAGCCAUAACUACACCAACAGUUCCCUGAACGCACUUCAGGCCCUCAGCGAGGGCCAUGGCGUUUCUCUAGGAUCGUCGUUGGCUUCACCUGACCUAAAAAUGGGAAAUUUACAAAAUUCCCCUGUGAACAUGAAUCCUCCGCAGCUGAGCAAGAUGGGAAGCCUGGACUCUAAAGACUGCUUUGGAAUAUACGGGGAGCAAUCAGAAGGUACAACUGGACAAGCAGAGAGCAGCUGCCAUUCAGGAGAACAGAAAGAUAACAGCGAUAGCAACAUGCCACCGGUUGUCAGUGGCGAGAGACCUGAUGGACAAAAUAAACUGCACGACGGAAAAAGCCAGACAAAGCUCUUACAAUUGCUGACCACCAAAUCAGAUCAGAUGGAGCCUUCACCUUUGUCCAGUACCAUGGGAGACAUUAGCAAGGACUCCACGGGAGGGUUGCCUGGGUCUGGUUCAGCACAUGGAACCUCGCUCAAGGAGAAGCAUAAAAUUUUGCACAGACUAUUGCAGGACAGUAGUUCUCCUGUAGAUUUGGCCAAGCUCACAGCAGAGGCCACAGGCAAAGAACUGAAUCAGGAGUCCAGUAGCACAGCUCCUGGUUCAGAGGUGACUGUUAAACAGGAGCCAGCAAGUCCUAAGAAGAAUAAUAAUGCACUACUUCGCUACUUGCUAGAUAAAGAUGAUACUAAAGAUAUUGGUUUACCAGACAUACCCCCAAAACUGGAGCGGUUGGACAGUAAGACAGACCCUUCCGGUAGCACAAAGUUAAUAGCUAUGAGGACGGAAAAAGAAGAGAUAAGCUUUGAGCCUAAUGAACAGCCAGGCAGUGAAUUGGAUAACUUGGAAGAGAUUCUGGAUGACCUGCAGAACAGCCAGUUACCACAGCUUUUCCCAGAUAGCCGCCCAGGCGUGCCAGCGGGCUCGGUCGACAAGCAAGCCAUCAUCAAUGACCUCAUGCAGCUCACCAGUGACAGCAGCCCUGGCGCGGCAGUGGCCACCCAGAAACCAGCAAUGAGGAUUUCACAGAGCACUUUUAAUAACCCACGAGCAGGGCAACUGGGCAGGUUAUUACCAAACCAGAAUUUACCACUUGACAUUACACUGCAGAACCCAACAGGUGCAGGAACUUUCCCACCCAUAAGAACGAGUAGCCCUUACUCAGUGAUACCUCAGCCGGGUCUGAUGGGCAGGAAUGAAGGGAUAAUAGGAAGUCAAGGAACUUUAGGCAGCAAUAGCACAGGAAUGAUUGGUGGCAAUGCCCCUCGACCUGCCAUGACUUCUGGAGACUGGGGAAGCCAGGCUGCUGCUGUGAGGGUGAGCUGUGCACCCACAGCCAGCGCCAUGAACAGGCCGGUGCAAGCAGGAAUGAUCCGCAACCCCACGGCCAGCAUCCCUUUGAGACCCAGCAACCAGGCUGGCCCAAGGCAGAUGCUUCCAUCUCAGGUCAUGAAUAUGGGGCCAUCUGAAUUGGAGAUGAACAUAGGAGGACCUCAGUAUAGCCAACAACAGGCACCUCCAAAUCAGACUGCACCAUGGCCAGACAGCAUCUUGCCUAUAGAGCAGGCAACUUUUGGUAAUCAGAACAGGCAACCGUUUGGCAGCUCACCAGAUGAUCUCUUGUGUAAUCAUCCUUCAUCAGAGUCACCAAGUGAUGAGGGUGCUCUUCUGGAUCAGCUUUACAUGGCAUUAAGGAAUUUUGAUGGUUUAGAAGAAAUCGACAGGGCUCUAGGAAUACCAGAACUAGUGAGCCAGAGCCAAGCUGUCGACCCCGAGUCCUUCCCCAGCCAGGAGUCCAGCAUCCUGAUGGAGCAGAAGGCUCCAGUGUUCUCCCAGCAGUACGCGGCACAGGCUCAGAUGGCGCAGGGCAGCUACGCGCCCAUGCAGGAUCCCAGCUUCCAUGCCAUGGGGCAGCGCCCAGGAUACACUGCCCUGCGCAUGCAGCCCCGGCCCGGCCUCCGGCCUGCCGGCAUCGUGCAGAACCAACCAAACCAGCUGCGGCUCCAGCUGCAGCACAGGCUCCAGGCACAGCAGAAUCGGCAGCCACUGAUAAAUCAAAUCAGCAGCGUCUCCAACAUGAAUCUGUCUUUGAGACCUGGAGUGCCAACACAGGGCCCUAUCAACGCGCAGAUGCUGGCACAGAGGCAGCGGGAGAUCCUGAGCCAACACCUGCGGCAGCGGCAGAUGCAGCAGCAGCAGCAGCAGGUGCAGCAGCGGACACUGAUGAUGCGAGGGCAAGGCUUGAGCAUGACCCCCAGCAUGGUGGCCACUGGUGGCAUACCAGCAACCAUGAGCAACCCGCGGAUCCCACAGGCCAAUGCACAGCAGUUUCCGUUUCCUCCAAACUACGGUAUAAGUCAACAGCCCGAUCCAGGCUUCACAGGGGCCACCACUCCUCAGAGUCCACUAAUGUCACCAAGACUGGCUCACUCUCAAAGCCCCAUGAUUCAGCAGUCUCAGGCUAAUCCUGCCUAUCAGUCCUCUACGGAGAUGAAUGGGUGGGCACAAGGGAAUAUGGGUGGUAACAGCAUGUUUUCACAACAGUCCCCACCACAUUUUGGGCAGCAAGCAAGCACCAGCAUGUACAACAAUAACAUGAACAUCAGUGUAUCCAUGGCAACCAACACAAGUGGUAUGAACAACAUGAACCAGAUGACAGGGCAGAUCAGCAUGACCUCAGCGACCUCUGUGCCUACAUCAGGGUUGUCCUCCAUGGGUCCUGAGCAGGUUAAUGAUCCUGCUAUGAGGGGAGGCAAUCUUUUUCCUAACCAGCUGCCUGGAAUGGAUAUGAUAAAGCAGGACGGAGAUGCAGCACGGAAAUAUUGCUGACCCUAAGGGUGGUUUGGUUGCUCCUUUCUUCAGCUGACUGGGCUUAUGGCCCCAAAUCCUUACCAGUUUGAAGAGCUGCGUCUGUUUGUCGUGUCCCAGCUGAGCUGCCAGCACCGGCGGCGGCUGCCUGCUGCCGACAGGACUCAGCCCUGCCUUCCCGAGGGGAGCCGGGUGGUCGUUGCCGAAGAGCAGCCUCUUCUUUGACAGUCUGAAGCUAGCGUACAGACAGUUGCUCAGUCUGUUCACUGCAUUCACCUUAGUGCAACUUAGAUCUCUCCUGCAAAAGUAAAUGUUGACAGGCAAUUUUCAUAAACCAUGUCAGAUUGAAUGUAUUUAAAUGUAUGUAUUUAAGGAAAAACGACCAUGCUCUUGUUCUGUUUCUGUUUAGUUCUAGACCUUGGGGGUUUUUUUGCUUUGUUUUCCCUGGCUUACUCAGUCUGGUGCAAAGGAUUCAGUUCUGUCUGAAAACUGGUGUUUUAGACUAAGGCCUGCAUUUUGGGGCGGAGAGGAGGCAUGGAAGAGGGCGUAGAAGCAACGUUUGGUACAUACAGAGACCUUCAACGAGUGUGUUCCACUGACAAGUCAAAGAUCAACUGAUGCAGAAAACUAUACAGACCAAUUUUGAAUGGGGUUAAAGUUGUAAAACAGAUGAAAAUUACCCUGUGAGAGGGCUGUUUAUAAGGGGCGUUUUGGUUGGGUUUUGUGGUAGUGUUUAUAAUGCAAGUCAUGAAUUCAAACAUACAAGUGGGUUACAUUUUCAUUUAAUUAAAUUCCUAACAAUCAGCAAAUCCUGAUAUUUUUUUUUUUAACCUGACUCUCCUGACCUCUGACAUCUUCCUCUUCUUUCUAAUAGAAUAAAAGAACAGGUUACUCCGUUAUUUCCCUAGGUGUGUUUCCAGCAAUUUGGACAACCAGUUACUGGAUGUUGAACAGCAAAGUUCAAUGGUAAUGCAUGUACUGAUUAUGGUAGUGGCAGAAUUGGUGCAUAAUAUCUAAGAUACCUGCUUUAAAGCAUGAUAAUUUCUGGUUCCCAUCCCCUUAGCUGGGAAAAUAACAAUUCCUGUAAUACCUAUAGCAGAUAUCACUACAGACUUCACCACUAUUGUGUGUUUCUGAUUAUUUUAAAGCAGUGUGAACUACGAGGACGUUUUGUAAGGUACAUAAAAUCCAGUUUAUAUGUAAACAAGCAAUAAUUUAAGUUGAAAACUUAAGUGUUUUACUUGUAUAAUUUUUGUGAGAUAUACAUGUUGUGAAGUUGAUUCCAAAUGAGGUACUUCAGUAUUAAAUUAGAUAUCUUCUUAGCCGUGUGUGUCUCCUGGAAAAGUGUUUUGUAAAGAAUCACAAUGCCUUGAUUAGACCUAAUUUGUAGGCUUGAGACUUCUUAUUUUCUAAACCUUGUGAUUCUGCUCAUAAUAUCAUUUAACUAACCUAUAUUAUAUGCAGCCACUGUAGGAACCAAUUCUUGAUUUUUGUACGUUUAUAUCCUUUCGUAACAAAUCUUAGAAAAACUGUUACUAAACAGGCCACCGUUAAGGCAUGUUGGUUUUUUUCCUUGCCCACUGUGGUUGGAAUAAUCUUUUCUUAUACUGACAUCAGUUUCUGAGGACUUGAAAUAUUAAGAAAUUGAUGGAUUUGACCUCUGUUUUCUUUCUGCUGACUCCUAAUUGUCAUGGUUUAGGAAUGGUACUUCCCAAUUUAGUGCUCCCACUGAGACUCUCCAAACCAUGCUCGUAGCUCGAUGGGAGGCACAGAAGGUAAAGAUCAUGGGUUGAGAUAAGAACAAUUUACUGGAAACAGCAAUGAGAUAAGAAACAGUAACAGCAACAAUACUAAUGACAGAGGGUACAAGAAAGAGGCGAACUUAUCACAUGGACAAUAGACAAUACCGACUGCUCCCUCCACCACACUACGCUGACCAGAAGAGAGCCCUUCUCUUCUCCCUUCCUCCACCCUGCCAAUGACAAGAGGUGGUAUAGGGUCCUCCUAGCCAUGCCCUCCCCUGGCUACUGCAAAAAUUAACCCUGCCCUGGCCGGAACCAGGACACUGAUCCACAAACUUUCUAACCUGAACAUAAAUUUUUUGAUGUAAUGUAAAAUGCAAUGUGUUUUAUAUCUCAUCAGCCUUGCCUUUUGGGAGUGAAAGGUUUGUUCUGUUGCUGUUUAAUUUGUUCUGGUAUUCAGGUGGGAGUUCAAAUAAAAUAGCAGCUAUUUUAUGUUGAAGAAAAUAUGAUAAAGGCUGUUUCUGUGUUUGUCCCUAAGGAGGGCAGUGUCACCAUUCUGGAGAAACAUUUUUUCAGCUGCCACUGUUCUGUUACCAAACCAAACAGAAUAUUUAGUCAGCUGAACCAUCCUCUGACCUGCUGAUGGGAAACCAAAGUAACCAUCAGCCCUAAACUCCACAGCCUCAUUACUAUAACAUUGGUGUUAAACUUGCAUUAUAUAUCUGACAAAAAAUAUUUAUAUAAGAAGUAUAUAAAUUUGAAGAAAUUAACUUCAUCCACCACUAAGUGUAAAUGGGUUUUAAAAUAAUUUUUUUUCUAUUCCAUUCUUUUUCAGUUCUUAACUGUAACCUCUGCAGAUAGAUUAUUCUUUUUCACAGUGGACAAAAUAGUUUAAAUUUGUCCUGUUUCACAACAGACCUGCAAAUGCUUAUCUGUAGUGAUUAUGAUACUUCAUCAUCCAUUGCCAUUUUGAAAGAAAGGAGAUUGUACCUAUCACUUUGGCUCUGUUUGGGUUCAUUGUGACUUUUGUCGUCUUCUAAGUAAUGAAAGAGAAAAGUGAGUGAAGAAAUCUUCUGAUCAUAUUGAUCACUAUAGAAACAAAAAAGCCAAAUCAAUUCCCUUCAUUAUCAGUAUUUUUCAUCCUGUAUACAGUAAAUUUGUUGGAGAAAGUACUUGGAUUUUGUUUGACAGAACAAUUUAUCAGUGUUCUACUUACAUUACUAAAUGUGAAAGGCGCAUAAUGUGAAAAAUAAGCAUAUAUACAUGGUCAUGCGACCUGUUUAAGUGUUCAUGUAAUGUGGUAAGUUUAAAAAGUGAAGUGAGCUGUUUUGCUACAAGGAAUUAAUUUGUACUCGAUCCUUAAAAUAUUGUCCCACACCGGUAUCCCUUUGGGCCUGUAUUAAUUAAAAGCAAUGUUUUUGCAGUUUAUACAAUACAUUUUUUAAUCUUUGUUUAAAAGCGAAAUUCAUAUGGGCUUAACAGAUUAAAUGGGUGGCACAGCUCCACUUGCAGAACCCAAAGAUACACAAUCAGUUUUGAAAUGCAACUUAAGCCAUUAAUUGUUGGUGUGAAUUUAAAAGUUUUCUAGUAUUUGUAUGGUAGUAUGCUGCCUAAGAGCAAAAGCAUUCUCUGCACAAAAGAAAAUUUACUGUAGUGGCUUUGAUUUUAAUUAGAAUUUUCUCCCUGGUGUUUCUUUGUAGACUAAAACAAAAUCUUUUAAGUUUCUUACUACAGGUAAAAGCUAUGUGCAAGAACCUCAAAAUGCUAAAAUCUAGCAUAAUGCCUUAGAUCUGUUUUUAAGUCUUGUAUAUUCCUACAUAGCUGUCUGAUGUAUUAUAUUUGUAUAGUGAAUUGUGUACAAUUUUGGAAUAAGUGCAUCAUCACUUAAUCUUUAUGUUGUUCAAUAGAGAUGAUGGACACAUUACUUCAAACAUUUACUGUCAUUUAAUUUUUUUCCCUUUAUGUCAUUUGUGGGUUUUAUUUGUACAGUUCAUCAUGAAGUUGCAUCUGAGAUGUGUGUAUAUGAAAAGAUUAUACAAGGGUAAAAUUAAGCAAUAUAUAAACUAUGGUUCUUCAGGAGAAAGCUUACAGUGUUUCAGGUUGUGAUUUAUUUUCAAAACGGAGUUGACUCUGAACAUCACUUUGUUCACCUGCAUUGAUGUUUGUAUUUCUAGUGUUAGCAGUUUAUGCAAAGGUAGAUAUAUUCAGAGAAAUUUUAAAUACAUUUAUGCAAGUUAAUAUUGCUUUGCUGAUGCUAUUUGCUUAUUUGAUGUUAAAUAAUGCUAUUGUAAAUAAAGAAUUCUGUUGUUAUUGCAUCAUUUAAUAAAUUUUAAUGCCUUCGGGUUUUACAUGGCUUUAGAGAUUUCAA